UUUGGGAUAUGAACAAGCGUAAUGUGUCUUGAUUAUUCCAUCAGCCGGUAAACAAGUCAGACAAGUCAUAGCGAGCAAGAAGUGAGUCAGAGCAGGAGAACUCAGAGUAGAGACGUGUCGCUAGAGCCAACUAAUUUGUCUGCAAAGAUUUCAGCAUUUGACAGCAUGGACGUGCCAGCUACAAAGAGGAUCGUCCUCGUUGGAAAAACGGGAGUUGGAAAGAGCAGCCUGGCUAACACCAUAUUUGGAGAGGCCAUAUUCCAAAUAAAUCACCUCAAUGGCUUGACAAAUAAUUGCUCUCAAGCUGAAACCAAAUCUGUCAAUGGUAGAAGCAUCAAUCUGAUCGACACUCCUGGUUUCUUCGAUGCUGAAAGGUCUGAGGAAGAAAAUAAGCCUGAGAUGGUGAGGUGUAUCACAGAGUGCGCUCCUGGGCCCCAUGCUUUUCUCAUUGUGCUGAAAGUGGAGAAGUUCACCGAGCACGAAGGGGCCGUCAUUGCUAAAAUAUGUGACGUUUUCUCUGAGGACGCUCUCAAAUAUGCUGCAGUUGUCUUCACUCACGGUGACCAGCUCCCUGAAGGAAUGAAAAUCGAAGAGUACGUCGAUCAAAGUGAAGGUCUGAGUGAUCUGGUCAAGAAGUGCGGAGGCCGGUGCCACGUCGUUGACAAUAAAUACUGGAAGGCCAACGAAGACGACGACUACAGAAGUAACCAGUUCCAGGUGGCAGAACUGCUCAACACCAUAGAUGAGAUAGUGAGGGAGAACAACGGAGACUUCUACACCAAUGAAAUGCUACAGGAAGUAGAGAAAGCAAUACAGAAAGAGGAAGCGCGCAUCAAAAAGUCAUCGGGAAGCAUCUCACAGGAAGAGAUCAGGAGGCAGGCGAAAAGCAACGUCUUUACGAUCAUGACAGAAAAAACACCAAAAACGUGGAUCAGAGGUUUAGUGGGUUUCGCGGUCAUUGCAGGAAUACUUGCUGCUGUCUCGGCUGCGUUCAUCAAUUUAAAAGUUGGGAUGGGGACGACGGAAGCAGUUACAGGAAUAAUAGCAACACCUAUAGCAACAGUCGUAGAAGAGAUGGUAAAUGUUGUUCCAGAUGUGACUCCAGAAGCCAGCGUCAUAGCAGAGGCAGUCGAAGAUGUCAUUCAACCCGUUGUGGAGAUUACACCAAUAUGGGAAGAUUUCAUCGACACAUGGUAUGCUUUGUUUGAAGGAACUCAUGAUCCUUGGUGUUUAUUUUUGCCGACUUCAAAGAGGAUUGUCUUGCUGGGAAAAUCUGGAGCAGGGAAAAGCAGCCUGGCUAACACCAUACUGCGAGAGGAUGUGUUCAAGAUAAACCAUACUCCCCUUUCUGACACAAGUCUUUGUCAUUCAAAAACCAAAUCUAUCAGUGGAAGAAACAUCACGUUGAUCGACACUCCAGGUUUCUUUGAUACAGGACGGUCUGAGGAGGAUAUGAAGCCUGAGAUAGUGAGGUGUAUCACAGAGUGCGCUCCCGGGCCCCAUGCUUUUCUCAUUGUGCUGAAAGUGGAGAAGUUCACCGAGCAGGAGCAGGCUGUGAUCACAAAAAUAUGCCACAGUUUCUCUGAAGAUGCUCUUGAAUAUGCCGUCGUCGUCUUCACUCACGGCGACCAGCUCCCCGAGGGAAUGAAAAUCGAGGAGUACGCCGGACAGAAUCAAAAACUGAGUGAUCUGGUGAAGAAGUGCGGGGGCCGGUGCCACGUCGUUGACAGCAAAUACUGGAAGGCUGAUGAAGAAGACAGCUACAGAAGCAACCAGUUCCAGGUUGCAGAGCUUCUGAAAACACUUGACAAGAUGAUUGAGGCAAACAAAGGAAGAUAUUACACCAAUGACAAGCAACAAUACAUCGAGAGUCUGAUACAGAAAGAGGAGGAGCGCAUUAGACAGGAACCAGGAAACGUGUCACAGGAAGAGGCUAAAAACAAGGCCAAAUUUUGUAUCUAUAAGUGGUUAUUGAUCAAAUCAGCGGGUAUUGCAACAGGGGUAUUACUGGAAGUUGUGCUUGGUGUGACGAUGACUCUAACAACGGGAGGAGGAAAAGCAGCAGCUGCCUCCACCGCUCUGGACGGGAUACUAAAGGGCGCUUUGAAAGGAUACAAUGCAACUGAAGGGGCACAGAGUCCAGGGGAAGCCGUGCAGAUGACAGCGGAUGGGAUAUGGAAGCAGUUUGGGAUACAGGGUGAUAAAAACAACAAAUGAAGAAUUGGCAAUGAGGACAGUGAGGCAGGAGAUCAACAAGUUUAAGAACAAAAUAAAGAACAAAUGGGACAGUACAGGAACACAAUCGACUUUUAAUUAUACUUAAUGAAGGUUUUUGUUUAUAUAUCAAUGUUCUACCAGAGUCAAUAAUUACCAUUAAUUAAAGGAUUCUUGAUGUAGAUAUGGCGUUCAAAUUGGAAAAAUUCCUGUAGAUAAAUCCGAAAUGUUUCUCUACAACACUUCAUCAAACACUUUUCAUAACUUUGAGAGGAGGAUGGUUCUCUUUUUUCUGUUUUUAUAUCAGGGUUGGAAAUGAACUUUUUACUGGUGGAUUUAAAAAAAAUAAUCUACCAGUCACUCAUUUUUUUUUUUUUUUUUUUUUACCUGCCACUAUAUUCUGUAACGACGUAUAUAAUCAAAUGAAGGCUCAAAGUAACACGCUAUGUAAUGAAGGAACAUUAUUCAACUGUUACAGAAAAUACUGACAUGCUCUUUGUCUCGCUCAUAAACACAAAUAUGUUUCAUUUUUAAGGAGAGUCUUAGAGAUGUUAGGUCUACUUUUAUUUACCCGCCACCAUUACGGGAAGGUUGAGCAAAUUCACCUGUCACUGCAAAAAAAAAAAAAAACACCCGUAUUUGUCGGGGGACGGGUGCUAAUUUCCAACCCUGUUUUAUUGUAUUGUGUGUAGUUAUGAUUGAUUCAAAGGGUACUUCACAAGUUUUUCUUUAGUCUGUCCUUUGUUGGGCCAUGCUGUCGUGGAUUUGAAGUCUUUCCUAAUAUUUCCAGUUUAUACAACUUUAUUCCAAUCUAGGAAGUAUAAAGGACAUUUAGCAUGAUUUUGUGACGAUGAUGCUUCUUUUUCAAGUUUACUCCUGAAAGGUGUUUUUAUGUUGUUUCAUGACCUUUUUAGUUUUGCUACCGCUUGUGCUUUAAGUUAAAUGACAAUUAAAGAACA